CUCCUCCCUUCAAAGCAGAUGAGCGAGCGGCGGCCGCCCCCAAGAUCCUCCCCACACAGCUGAGCGGUCGCCGCGUGACGCGCGCUGCCAAGUUUGUACUGCUCCCGCCGCCUCUCGCCCAGGAUCCUCCUCCCCCAACUGUGCUUUAGAGUCCGGUGUCCGGAGCCCAGCCGCCCACUCUCCCGCGUUCGGAGGGAGCCGGUGCGCUUACCCGGGCCACCGGGACAGGAAGAAAUCAUACGAUGACUGAACGUUACAGCAACAUAGAAGAUGAAACUUUUCCAAGUUUUUUAGCAGAGUCAAUGAACAGUAACCUCAGUGAAGCUCUAGAAAACUGCACUAUCUCUUCAACUUUAGGCUUACCAGUUGCUGCAUCUACUGUUACCAAAGCCUGCAGUGCUUACAGCCGACCCCUGGAUGGUCAGGCAUCUUAUCUGGAGAAUGAGAAGUCCCAGCUGAAAACAACCAAAUCUGCUCUAUUAAAUCAUUCUGGUGUAGAUGAUGAUGCGAAAUUUGUCCUUGGCUUUAAAGAUGAUUUAGAAGACGUGGAUGCAUUUAUCAAGGCUAGCAAUGUUAAAACUCGUGUACAGAAAACAAAUUUGCCAGAAUACAACUUAGAAGAGCAAAGUCGAAGAAAUGAUUUCUCGAGAGACUUGUGCAAGGUUGCACAAAUCAAACCAACAGAUAAGACUGUCAAUGCAUCACCUUUAUACGUUGAUACCCAGUUACAAGCACAUACUCUACCAGAUGAUCAGUUAAGUUCUUCUGCGGCAAGUUUCUUGGAAAAUGAAAAACUAAUGUCUGUUGCCAGCUUAGACGGCAGUUCUUCAGAUGAAUUGGAUGAUGAAGAAUUUUAUGAUGACCAGUUGGAAGCCUACUUUAAAAAACUUCUCCCACUAGGAAUACAGCGUGGCGUUAUUGAGGGACAAGAAAUUCAGGAGCCAAAAAAAGCUUCUGACAUGGCAUUAAACAGUUUUUCAAGCAGAACAAAAGUUCAAGAAUCUGAGCGUCUACAAUACCUUGAGGGCUAUGAGGAAGAUUUCCAGAUGCUUUGUGUUCGGUUAGGUGCCACAGGCAUGGAUUCAGCAUCAGCUAGUGAUGAGGAGGAUGUAGAGUUUGAGUUGGAAAAAGCUGCACAGCAACAUUUACAAAGAGAGCACUUCUCAGAGAAGACAAAUAGGCCUUUGACUGAUCAGCAACACAGGCCAUGUUUUCGACCUGGGUUAGAAGGUGGCAGUUCGGAAGAAGAGUCAAAUGAUGUGCAAACUGUUACUAAUAAAGGUGCUGUGUCGGCAUAUAGACAGUCUGCCGAAGGCUAUGGUCGUUCUUCUCCUAGAGCUUUACUUGCUGGAGUUGAGUUUGGAGAUGGCAGCAGUGGAAGUGAUGAUGGAAUAACAUUUUUACAGACCUCAAAAAUACAGAGAGCGGUUUCCUGGAAAACAGACAUGAUUGCCAGAAAUGUGGCUGGGGAGGAGAGUGUGGAUUUUCAGCCACAGGCAUCACAAGACCGUAUAGAACCUGUUGGAAAUGGUGAAAUAUCAAGGGAACCCAAAGAAAAUAAUUUCAGCUUACAAAAAAGUACAGGUCUUGGCCACGACGGACAGCAACGUUCUUGCAGAUUGGAUUAUUCAAAUGCAAAUGUGACCCAGAAACUGGACAUCCAGAAUGGCAGAACACCAGAGAAUCUGGCUGUUUCCAAGAGGAGUGGUCACUUGUCACAAAGGUUUUCAUCCAGUUUUGGUGGCAUUGUGAAGGAUGAACUAUAUCCUGUCUCUAGCGUUAUGGAAGCUACAGAUUCAGAUACAGCUGACAGAGGAGCUGUAAACAGAUUAGCAGAUGCAUAUCUAUCACCUACAUGUUUGAAAAAUCAAAGGGAUGGUCAAGAAUCUUCAGAUAUUUGUCAGUCUGAUCAAACUCAGUUAUUUCAAUGGAGCUUUGCUCAUGGUAGCUGUGAAAAUGUGGAAGGUUCAGCACAUAGUGUGGUUUACAAAAAUGAAGAAGGCAAGUGGGUCACUGAUCUUGCAUACUAUAAACCAUUUGAUAAUGAACAAGGUGUUAGUUUUUCUGGAGAAGUUAAUGAUCUGCUGAGUAGUGAAGACUUUGUUAUUGGAACUAAUGCUUUAGCUAUUCUUGAUGAAGACCAGAAAGAAUUUGAAAAGGAGCAUCGAUUUAUUCAGGGUGAAAAGAUGGAUUUAGAAAACAUCUCUCUUAACAUGGGUGACACAUCAUGGAAACUGCCAGUCAAUAACGUUUUGCUGAAAUCAUCUCCGCUGUCUGAUUUAUGCCAAGAAGAGGCAAGCUACUUGCGCCUCUCCUUAGGGGAGUUUUUUGGUCAAAGAUCAGAAGCCCUAGGGUGUCUUGGUGGAGGACAAGAUGUGAAAAGGCCCUCUUUUGGCUAUCACAUAAUUUCACCAGAGAAACAAGAACCUAUUGUAUUACUGAAAGAAUCUGAUAAUUCUGAAAACUCGGGACGUAAUGACACCAUAAUGUUUUGUGACAACACCUUAACGCCAGAGGACCUGGGGUGUUUACCAGAUGAUCAGAAGUUUGCAUGUGCUACUUUCGAUGUAAAGGCACCAGACCGUAAGCAGGAUACAGAUAAGCAUAUUAAAGAAGAGCACAAAGAGACUUUAACAUCAGAUGCACAGGACCAGCAUUUUGCCAAAGGAAACCAUUUAAAAUGGGAACAAACCCCUGAUGUGACAUUACUUAAUAUGAGCACAAUUGCGUCAGCCAUUGCAAAUGCAUCUUGCAGUGCAAAUCCAUCUGAGUUGGCAGCUAUGUUGAUAGCUCUUUCAAAUAAACAUAAGAAAAUGUAUUCUGCUGAGGAAACUUCAGAACAUCAACAAUCCAUAAGCAGGUUCUUGCAUUCGUCCCUAGGAAAGAGUACGUCUGAAAAUAUUGUUGAUAUGGAGAGAUAUCUGAAAGCCACAAGUAACAGUGGCCAAGACACUGAAUAUGAAAGCUUUGCAAACUCUGUUAAGGACUUUACAUGGGAUACAUCUCUAGUGUUCAAGCAACCUCUGCGAGAUUCUGCUGCAGUUUUGGGUAAUAUUACAGAUGUUCAAAAGCAAGACUUGCGAGAACCUGAGAACUCCAGGGAAGUUCUUUGUAUUAAGUCUUCUAUAAUAAAUGACAUCUCUAAAGAGGUUACAGUGAAACACAAUGCAGGUCUUGUGGACAACCAGUCAUGCUUGAGGAACAGUGCAUUAAAUUCUGCAGAAAUGUCUGCAUCCAGGCUAGGAGGCUAUAAGCCUUCUGACCCAUGUUCCUCUACUACUGUUCUACCUAAUCUGAAUUCAAAUACAUCAGAAAGUGACACACAGAAGAGCUGCCAGUUUUCAAGCUACAAAUCCAGCCAAAAAGAAAAUAGUUGUUUGAAGUCUAGUGGUCCGAGUCAUCAAAAGACAUUAAGGUCACCUAGAAGAUCUAGUUCUCAUUUGUCAAUUGAUACAAACUGUCCACCAGCUUAUAAGCAUUCCUAUAAUGUCCAUGAAGGUAAUUCCCAAAAACAUGUUACUUUCCAACCAUCUCCUAAUGGAAUACAGCAGAAGAACUAUGAUUGUAAAGCUUCUCCAGACUAUGCUGUGAAUGCAAUGGAAGAGGAGCAGUACAGUUUUAGACCAUCUACUUGUCCUUUGAUUCAUUCUUCUCCUAGCCAGGAUUCAUCGGAAGUACCGGAUAACAGGUCAGAUGAAUCCCGAGAAAGUGGGACAUCAGCUGAAAAACUUUCAAAUGCUUGUUUAUCACCUGAAUCAUCAUGUCUCAGUCCUAGCCUGAGCAGAUUAACAUAUGUUUCAGCCACAGAGAGUAUUUUACAGAAUACCACUAUUCAGAGUCCUGAGAAAAAAAAGAGUAAUAAUACUAUUGAGCUGAGCACAACAAUAGUGAGAGCUAGCCCUACACCUUCAGAGAUACCGAUUGCGGAGAGCAAUACUUUGUCCUGGCAACAAGAGAAAGGUCAAAAGUCCAGUGAUAUUCCUAAACAAAUAAGCAGAAGUCCUUCUGGGUUUAGAUGUGUUAAAACUCAAGGCAUUGGAGUUAAAAUUGGAGAAUCUCUAAAACAAGAAGGAAAGAAAUUUGAGCCGGAGUACCCAGUUUUAAAUUGUAAAGACAAAGUUAAUACUCUUAGUUCUGGUUUAAUGGUCGAUACGAAGGGGUUUCAAGCUCCCAUCUCCCAAGUAGAUAAUCCUUUAUCAUGGCAAGAGUUUACAGCAAGAUCUGGUCAAGGGUUGUCUUCAGUAAAUAUGCCACAGUCAGCUUUGCUCGAUAAGUGCAAUGCAAUCCAAAACAUUCCUGGUAAUAAUCAGUUUGUCUUCCCUCCUGGCUUUAAACCAGUUUUGACAGCUACAGACUUCCAGAAAUUAUCAUCUUCAGUUCCUACUCUUCUUACUGGACAACCUCUCUCCAACACACCAUUUGCACAACAGUAUCUAGGAACCGUGCCGCCUAUCCCACCCUACUCAAUAGGAAAUCAUUUAAGCUGCCAUAGCUGUACCCUUCAAACACAAAAUACCCAGAGCUCUGGAGUUCCACAGAGUACAAAUUUUGGUUCUGGAUUACUUGCCACACUGCCAAUAAGUAAUCAAACUUCUGGACACAAGAACAUUGGCCACCAUAUCCACUUGCUAGAAUCCCAUGCUGGCACUACUGGAUUCACUCAAUGGAACACAAGAAUGUCAUCUGGGUUUGGGCAAGUUUUGGUGACUGAGGAGGUGACAUUUCCUAGUGCAUGUUGUGUCGGAAUUGCAUCUCAAGCUUCGCUGAAUAUUUUUAACCCAAAUGAAAGGUGGAUGCAAGUUAAUAUUGGAAUAAUCAGUAUUGCUGUAGAUGGUGAAAAAAUUGACACUGGAGCUGACCAGUGCUUGGUUUUUAAAAACAAAACAAUAAUUGGUCCACGAGCAUCUGAAGAUAUAAAAAUUCUCCUUUUACCACAGAGACCAGGGCUUUUCCAGUGUGUACUUAGUGUGUCAUCUUGGCCUGUGUCUGCUGAUACAGAGACCAUUGUUAGAGCUGAAACCAUGGCCUCCAAGGUUCUACUGACUGCUGUUUCAGAAUAUCCUGUGAUUGAGAUGGACAAUGGAAAGAGUGAUGGUUUAGAUUUUGGGGAUCUGGCAUCUGGCAGUUGGAAAACACUUCAGCUAAAAUUGCUAAAUAAGACACGUGCUACAGUGCCUAUAAGACUUACUAUUAGUGCUAAUGCCUCAGCAUGGCGUUGCUUUAAUUUUUCGAAAGAUCCUACAAAUCUGGCACAAGAGUUUCCUGUACAUUCAGACUUGAUUUUAAAGAUGUCUUCUCCUUCUGUCAUAAGCCACAUUAUGCGUGCAUCCUUUGAUGGUCAGGAACCAGAAGUAUUUUUGCUCUGGGUUGUUUUCCAUGCCCCACAAGCAUACAAUUCAUCAGGAUCACUUGGUCCGCCUGAAGAGUUUUUAGCAAGGGUUGAUGUUGAAGUUGACAGCCCAGGUCCUACUUGCUUGAUAAAAAGUAUUCCCUUGCGUGCAAGAGCUGGUUGUGCAAGGAUACAUGCUCCGAAGGAUCUACAGACUAUUCAUUUCAACUGUAGUGUGGGUUCAUCAGCCAAACAACUAUUGCCACUAAAAAAUGCAGGGAAUAUUGCUACACAUUUAAAGAUAAAGUGCAUAAAUGAAGACAAAUGUUUUAGUGUGGAUCCUGAAGAUUUGUUUCUUGUGCCAGGAGAAGAGCAAGUUGUUACCAUUAAAUUCACUCCCCAAUAUUCAAAAACAAAACCGGGUUUUGUGAAAAUAAUGGUGCAGCCCUCGGGUCCACAAUAUGAAGUUACAUUAAUAGGAGAGGCAGACCUGCCAGGAAACAAGAAUUCCAUGAACCCCAAUCCAGUUUAUUCUGAUGUUCCCCCAAUUCUUUCCAACCGGCAGUUCAUGUCUUGGGGAGGAGUUGGAUAUGGAAGAACGGUGCAGCAGAAGUUAAUAUUAAGAAACACCUCUGCAGCAGCAAGCCAGCAUCUGCGCCUUUUAAUAAGGGGGCAGGAUCAAGACUGCUUUCAGUUGCAAAGUACAUUUGGCCCUGAAGAACGUUUGACCAGCAAUCGUGAACUUACUAUUCGUCCAAAAGAAGAUGCUAUUGUUCAGCUGAUGUUUUCACCUACACGCAUAGGCUGCAUGUUGGCUAAGCUGGAAAUAAAGCAGUCGGGAAUUAAAUCUUCGCAACCUGGGACUAAAUUCACUAUACCGCUUUCUGGCUAUGGUGGAACAAGUAACAUAAUACUUGAAGGUGUGAAAAAGCUAUCAGACAGCUACUUGGUGACACUAAAUGGGGUAUCGCCUGGUAGAGUGAACAAAGUUAGCUUCUCUAUUAGGAAUACAGGUUCCAGAGCAGCUUAUGUUAAGGCAGUGUGUUUUGCAAACUUUCAAAAAAGUAUUAUUAUGGAUCCAAAUUCAUGUCGUGUGACUCCUGGGAAGUUUAUACUGAAAGAAGGAACACAAGAGUUGGUUACAAUAUUCUACAAUGCAACAAAAGUAGACGAUAUGCUUAACCAACAGAACACAUUAUGUACAGUAUGUUUCUGCUGUGGUGAUGAGGUAUCCAGACAACAGUUUCGCAGGGCAUUACUUUACAAGUCUGAAUUGACUCAGAAAACCAUUGCAGAAAACACAUAUUUAAAAAACACCAGAUUUGAUGAAGAAUUUCCUGGUGAGCAGCAAGUGUCUGAAGUCUAUGAUUUGCCGCUAAGACCAAAUGACAUCCAGCUGUUUUAUGGAAAUAUGCACAAAAUGAUUCUUUCUGUUGUUGGAAGUGAAAGAAGCAGUAGUACUGUCCAGCCAAGUCUGAGCACUAAUUUAGCACAUGUCGUUGAAAUUCACAAUGGUAAUGCAUCCUUGGAUAUUCUACCUGUAAAAGGCCCACAAGGAUCUCUCCUGCCAAAUGUACCUACGCAUAAUGAUGGCAUUCCUGCACAUACAUGGAGUGUCCAACCUGAAAUUCUACUGCUCAAAGCUCCUGCUACUGGUGGCUUGGCAGGAACAGGCCAAAUACAAAUUGUGAACAAUUGUUCAAGUGUGUUACAGUUUGAUCUGUCCUGGCCUGCUCAUUGUCUUGCUAUUACACCACAGCAUGGAAGUAUUGAGCCACAGAGUCAUAUAAUAAUCCUUGUCAGUCCAAAUCCAUCUCUAUCUACAAAGCAGACAUUGCUUCCAUGGCAUGGACAGAUUUAUGUGCAUUGUGAAAAUGGGCAAAAGAUUGUUAAAGUUCAGAUAAGUGACUUAACUGCAACAAGCGUAUCUGCAGAUGAAGGAAAACCAAAGUCCCUGCCUGCUUUCUCGCUUCGCCAGGAAACACCAGUUCAUGUGGCUAAACCUCUACCAAAAUCUCCCUCCGCUAAGAUUGAAAUAAAAAAAAACACCUUAGUAUUUUCUAAAACCACAGCUGGAGAAAGUUCAGAGACCUUUCUGGACAUUGAAAAUCCAAGUGAACAAGAUAUGAAAUGGAUUCUCUCCUCUUUUGCACCUCCUUACGUAAAGGGAGUUGACCACAGUGGUGAUAUGUAUCGUGCUACCUAUGCAGCUUUCAGAUGUUCUCGUGUUUCUGGCGUUCUUGCAGCACAUGACAAACUAAAGGUGGCCAUUACAUUUUUCCCCAGAGAGAGAGGGGAUUAUACCCAGUUUUGGGACCUUGAAUGUCAUCCAAUUUCAGAUCCACAUUUGAAGCACAAAGUGAGGUUUCAGCUUUGUGGAGAAGGUAUCAAAAAAGAAAAUGUAUCCGUAACAAGUUUAACCAAUUCACUUGUAAAGACAGAAGUUCCAGUGAAGCCAAGGAAAAGAUCUGGAUCUGAGGCGUCUUCUCUUAAACCUGUGCAAGAUGGAACCAUACGCGGAGUAAUUGCCUCAGAGACGUUAUAUACCUUUCCACCUACUUUGGUUGGUGAAUUUAGUGCACUGAAAGUAAAUUUACAAAACAACUCUUUUGCUACAUAUUUGCUGAAAUUUAUUAGUCCCAAAGAGCCAUUUCACAUGAAGUAUUCCAAGUUUUCUCUCAGAGCCCACCACUAUAUCAAACUGCCAGUGAAGUUCAAACCAUCCACGGCUGGCAGAUUCGAAGGCCUUCUGGUUGUUCAGACAGAAGACGGAGAUAUUUGUAUUCAACUUGUUGGUGAAGCACUGGACAAUUAAAGUGCUGAUGUGACUAUUGGUGUCUAACAAACUCUGCUGCUGUCAUUUAGCAUGACUAAAAUAACUGUAAUGUCAAUUUAACACUAAGGGCAAGAUGCAUCAUCACUUGGAUAGUGAUACAGUGGAGAGAGAUAAAGUAACAGCCAAUCAGCUCCUAACUGCCAAGUUACAGGCUGUUUGAAAAAUGAGUUAGGAGCUGGUUGAUACUUUAUCACUCUCCAUUUUAUCACUUUUCAAGUGAUGACGCAUCUUGCCAUGUGCAGUUCAGUCAGUAUGUUCUACAUAAAAGUAAAUCACUUUGUGGCUUCCAAGUUUUACUUACUUUAAACUCCAGGCUAGGUGUGUAGUUUUCUUUAAAUUGUUCCACGUUUAUAAUAAAGAUCCAUUAAAUUGUACUUAAUGCUAUGGAGAAAUCCUGAAGUACAACAUCCAGCAUACAUUUUAAAUCUGUGAUUAUCUCAACGCAUUUAUUUUUAAUUUUGCAAUGUAGUGCCAGUAAGUAGCCAUUUGUGGGACUGUUUUUAGCCAUAUCAAUUCUUGAAUAGGGAUCAUUUUUAACUGAUUCAUUACCUCUCUCUCAUGCAGUAAAAGGCUGCACAGUGCCAAGUCUCUCUCUUUUUUUCCCCAUCAUAAAGUGUUUCUGCUAGCCAUGUCUGCAGUGCAGACAUAUACGGGAUUUCAGUUCCCUAACAUCAACCUGAUGUGCCGUUCCGGAACGGUACAUAGCGCCAACAGCAUUGCAAGUCUUCCCUCACACCUCUGAAAUGUCAGCACUACUAUAAUUGGAUAUGUGCACCCGGGAUAUCACACACAAUUAAAUUCCCCCUACACAGUUUUUGUUUUUUUAAAGGGUUUUUUUUGUUUUUUGCGUCAUUUGAGCAAAUGGAAAUUUGGAUUAAAAGCUCUCUAACAGAGGUGUCCAUUGUAUGUGGUGUUUGUUUAUUUAAUGUGCGUGCAAUAAUUGCUAGUCCUAAGACUUGCUUUACUGUGCCUUUGACGAAUGCUGUAUUUUCAAUUUUUAAGACUUGUAAAGUAUCCUGUAUUUGUAUAUAGCUUGUAAUGAAGUAACUUAAAAUUAGCAAUAAAGUGUUUUUUCUUUUGCUUUUUA